AUGGCUGGUAAUUUAAACCUUUAUGAUUUUAACGGCUCGAUUAGACGGAAUAAAUUGCAAGAAGCUAUAUUUUCUGAUUUGGCUAAAAAAGAAGAUUUUAUGAGAAAAAUUAAUGAAGAACGUAUCGAAAGGCAGGAACGAUCCAGACAAAAAGUGGCAGCAAUCAAAAUACAGUCUGCAUAUCGAAGAUAUCGUAUUGGGAAACAGUUUCAUGUCUUUUUGCGAAGUCUUUUUGAUAAGGCAGGUCCAACAUAUAGCAUUGCAUUAUUGGAAACGCAAAUUUCUCGUUUGGCUUUCUUUUUCCGACCUGCUAUUGAUUGUGAAAGAACUUUAACAUUGUGCAGUGAAGCAGUUGUACUAGCACAAACAAUAAAAGCGAACGAUUUAUUGGAUCGAAGGAGACGACAGCAACUUUUGCGAUGUGCAGUUGUGCUUCUUGAGCAUAGCGAUCGUACCAAGUCGUACACAUCUGCUUUGCGUUUUUUCGAAAUUUAUAUAAAGGAGGAGGAUUGCUUAACUUUGUUGAAUUACGCUUUAUAUAUUGAAGAAAAACUUCCACAGCGCUCUGAAUCACUUUUGCAAAUAUUAGUUUUACCUAUAAGUCGUCUUUUCAAAAAAAUGGAUGCUAUAUUUGAAUUGUUUAAUACGAUCUGCAAGCCAAGAUUUGAAGCUAUUACUGUUUGUUGUUUAGCACCGUUUCUAGCUCGACUCUGUAAAGCAGGGACUUUGAAUUUCUCUGAUUUUAUGGAUGGUUUAUCAAGAGGUGGUAGUCGAUUAUCAUCACAAGAUUCAGCUUCUACACUUUUAUGUUCUUAUACUGUUGUCGUUAUUACUUCGGCAUUUCCAUUAGAAAAAUUAAGCGAUCUGGAAAAGGCCAAAUUGGUUUCAGUGUUUGCAAUACUCACACAAAAUAUUACGCCUCCACUAGAAGCGACAGAGCAGUCUAAUGCCGAUUCGGAUACAGACGACGAUUCAAAUGAUACUGUUGUGGCUACGACAUCUGAUAUUGAACCGGACAUUCUGGAAAAUGAACAGUCAUUAAUACCAGCUUUAUCAAUAUUUAUAACAUUGAUGACAAAUGCAUUGAAAACAGUUGACGAUGAUGAUUUCCAAAGUGGUGGUAUUGGGGAUGCUGUCUUCCCGCUUACACUGAAUCAAGUAGCUGAUGUAAUUCUUCAUUGUCGAAACCUUACACUCGGUUUAAUCGAUCUCGCUUUCCCUGUUAGUAGUGGACGUUUCCAGCAGUCUUUGGUGAAAUGCUCUAAGUGGUCUGAUUUAUUCCAGGAUGUCGCUUUGUUAACGAAGGCGUUUCAUGAACGAGACAAUCGUGUUUGUGUCAUGCCCCACAAUUUUUGGUCUAGUCAUAAUAGGAAUGUUGUCGUCAACUCUUCAAUGUGGCAAAGUGGACAUGGACGUCGGCGUCGUGCAAGGCGUCCAUUUGAAUUUGUACGCUUUUUACUUCAUAACAAAGAUUCCGAUGCAAAUGAAGACCCUCCAAGUGUCAGUGAGUUACGCAAUUUAUCCAUCGUCCGCAAUAUUCCUUUCGUUAUACCUUUUAUGCAACGAAUUGAGAUUUUCACAGAAUUGCUUUUGAGAGAUCGCAUACGAAAUGAUGCUGAUCGAAAUGGGCAUUUGAUUGCUGUACAUAGAGCAACUUUGUACGAAGAUGCUUUUAGAGCGUUACAACCCAAUAAUGUUCCCGAUAUGAAGUCAACAAUUCGCGUACAGAUGAUAAAUUGGUCUGGACUGGAAGAAGCUGGCGUUGACGGUGGUGGUAUUUUCAGGGAAUUCCUUUUCGAACUUCUUCAGACUGCUCUUGAUCCCUCUCGUGGCUUUUUUGCUGCAACCCAUGAACAGCUUCUCUAUCCAAACCCUUUGGCACCAUUUCUUUAUCCUACUAAUUUUGUUGAUCAUUUCUAUUUCAUCGGGCGGAUUAUUGCUAAGUUAAUCUAUGAAGGCUUAUUAGCAGACAUUCGCUUUGCGGAUUUCUUUUUGCUGCAGUGGAUGGGAAAUCCAGACGGAACAGUUCUGGACUUAGAAUUAGUGAAAUCAUAUGAUCCUCUUUUGCACAAAAAUUUGAAGUUUUUGAAGCGCUGCUCAUUGGAAGAAAUCGAGAUUCUUGAUCUUGAUUUUACUGUUAUGACCGAUAAUUUUGGCGUAACGAAGAAAAUAGAAUUAAAGAAGGAUGGCGGUUGUAUCAAAGUAACAGCAGACAACAGGAUGGAAUAUAUACAGUUAUAUGUUAAUUACUACCUUUCCAAGCGACUUUCACCAAUGAUCGCCGCGCUUCGAAGUGGUUUGAGGAAUGUCAUAGACUCUGAAUGGCUGCGAAUGUUCUCGCCAUUAGAAAUUUCGAUGUUGGUUGGCGGUAGUGAUUCAGAAAUUGAUUUCAAUGAACUAAAAAAAUUCACAGCUGUACAUAACAUAAAAUCAGAACAUGAUCAAGAAUACAUGGAUCUGUUCUGGUCGAUCAUCAAUGGAUUUUCAGUUGGAGACAAAAAGAAGUUGUUAAAAUUUAUAACUGGUUGUCCACGACCACCUAUAAUGGGAUUUAAGACUUUAACACCGCCAAUGGGUAUUCAGCUUGUCCAUGACAUCGACAAAUUACCGACUGCUGCGACAUGUAUGAAUUUGUUGAAAUUGCCACUAUAUGAUAAUAGUGAAACAUUGCGUCGUAAAUUAAUCUAUGCAAUAAAUUGUGGAGCUGGUUUCGAACUAUCGUGA